UUUAAUAGACGAACUCUAGUGUAUUAGUGAGACUCCAGGAUAGCAAAGAUAACACAGAAACCUCCAUCUGCGACCCUGCUACACACCCCAUCACCCAGAUAUCCACAUUACAGGCAAUUCUGGUGUGAGGAACUGGGGAGUCUGCACUAGAAGUCACGUGACGGUAACGCCGCACCUGUAUCACCCACUGAUCACUGAGGAUGGAGAAGAAUAGGAGUCACGUGGCUGAGAUGAUAUUCAGUCUCACCCUAGAGAUAAUCUACCUGCUGACUGGGGAGGAUUACACAGUAGUGAAGAAGACUUCAAGAGAGUGUGAGCCACCCAACAGCCAUCCCCGUGUUUCAGAAGAGUGGAGCAGAACCCAGAGCUCCCUCCCGGUGUCUCCAAAUCACUUACUUAUACACGAGAGACACAAUGAGCAGAAGAUCCUGGAACUCACCAACAAGAUUAUUCAGCUGCUGACUGGAGAGGUGACUGCUGGGAAUGGGACAUUAAACAUGGAGGAGUGGGAGUAUAUAGCAGGACACAGGAAUCGGUAUAAGGACGUGAUGAUGGAGAAUCCUCAGCAUCUCACAACACUGGAUGGGUCCAGUAACGGAAAUACUUCCGAGGGAUGUCCCCAUCCACAGGAGUAUAAGUUUGGAGACCUGACUGUUAUCAAAGUAGAAGAUAUGGGAGAAGAAGAAGAUGCGUAUUUGAGGGUGGAUCAGCAGUGUAAGAAGGUGGAAUACUGUACAGAUAUCAGCACAGCAGGUGGACAUAAUAGCAGGACUAUGUCAGCGGAUCAUCUCGUGUUCUAUGCAGACUGUGAAAAGGAAGAUAACAUCACGCAGGACUCUACAGGAGAAAACUCCAUCACGGCCAAUAUACAUCCAGUGCCUCCCAGUGCAGAUACAUCAUCUGGUCCCUCUCAUUACGAGGAGUGUUCCCCUGAUAUCUCCGCUAUUGUCACUUACAGCACAGGUCUUAGUGGUGAUCAGAUAGUCCCAUGUUCUGUGUGUGGGGAAUGGUUUACACAGAACACUCAUCACACUACCCACGCCGGUGCAAACCUCUUUCCAUUUUCAGAGUGUGAGAAAUGUUUUGCGCGCAGAUCGCAUCUCUUUAUUCAUCGGAGAAGUCACGCGGGAGAGCGGUCAUUUUCAUGUCCUGAGUGUGGGAAAUGCUUUCUCAAUAAAUCCGUUCUCAGAAGGCAUCAGAAAAUUCACACCGGCGAGAAACCUUUUCCCUGCUCCGAGUGCGGGAAAUGUUUCCGAGAUAAGUCGUUUCUAAUAAAACAUCAGAAGAUUCACACGGGUGAGAAGCCGUUCUCGUGCUCUGAGUGCGGGAAAUGUUUUACGCAGAAAAUCCACCUGGUUAAACACCUGAGAACUCACACCGGCGAGAAGCCGUUUUCCUGUACGGAGUGUGGGAAAUGUUUUACGCACCGGUCGGUCCUCAUCAAGCAUCAGAGAAUCCACACAGGCGAGAAACCGUUUUUUUGUGCCGAAUGCGGGAAAUGUUUCAGACAGAAAUCGCAUCUGGUUAAGCAUGAUGUGGUGCACGCGCAUUUACACAGGUGAGAUUUGGGCGAGACUGAUUUAAUGCAAAAGUAAAUCCAGCAAAAAGAAACUAGGUUCAGCCUAAAAUCUUUCCAAUUGCAAUCCCCUCGCUAUAGCACCAAUAAGUGGAUCCUAAUACAGUGCUCCGAAAUGGGCUAUUCCGAUGGGAAUGCGUUCAGCAUGUCGAUCGUCAGUUAUGAUGUCAACAUUGUUGAAAUAACAAAUGGAAUGCCAACAUCUUGCAAAAUGCUGACGUUAGGGGUACGGGUGUACUUACAGCUGCAGCCGCAGGUUGUGACAGAUUGUGCAAAACUGCAAGUAGGAUACUUACAUCCAGAACAGCCGAAUCACAGAUUGAUGACACUGUAAGCAUGUCGAUAUUUCAUCAGUGUCGCCGUGUUAACUGUUGACAAUUUACUGAAACAUUUUCUUGAUAUACACUUGUUGGAAUGUGGCUCCUACUUUACACGGACAUAUUUAUCCACUGUUAUUGCACCAAUCAAAAAUAUGUGGCCAAACAGAAGCCAAUCCUGUCCCUCCCCACGUAACUGACCUUAAGGAUGACAUAUAAACUUAAUUUACAGUACUUAAUUUUUGUUUCUGAAAUUUCUGAAUAAGAAACUUUUGGAAUAGGGGUGUCACGAAAAAAUACUUGAUACUCUACAGAAAGUUUGGGAACCAUUUUGUUGUACAUGUUCUAUUGUGUGUCAUUUUGCUUACUGUUAUAUUUUUGAAAAAUAAUAAAACAAA